UACAGCACUCUUCAAAACAAAAAACUCUGUUACUUCACCUGUCCAAAAUCAAAACAUAUUUAAGAAAAAAGUAAAACCCAAGAUCCUAUGCUGCAAGUAAUGCAGAGAGUCCUGUCCAGGGCAAGAAAGGAAAUUCAGCGAAACACAAGAGGAAUAGGAGAUGACCCCAAAGAAAAAGGAAAACGACAAAAAACCCACAAGAUCAUACCAACCAAAUGAUUUGGCAACAAUGUGGGGCUUCAUUCCCCACAACCAACAGACAAAAGACCAGCUCUGUGGACAAAAAAGAGAAUUAAUAACACCAUCCCAAGCCAUUAAGACCCCAACAAAACCCUUCCCCAAAACCACCAGAGCCACCAGCAGAGACUGGAAACUACGGGCGGAAACUGCCGGCAAUCGGAAAGCGAUGAAGGGAAAGCUGCCUGGCAUACAAAGCCGCGCACCCGGCAGCACCCCAAGCACAGCCACCAGCAGCACCAGCCAGCCUCAGCAGGCGCCUCCUGCCCCUCACCACCCGACAGCAGACACAGAGCCACCAUGGCUGCACCCACAGCCACACGGCCACGCCUGCCGCACGCCGCCCCGGCGCUCCUGCUCCUCCUCACCGCUCUGGCCACCAGCCUUGCCUGCCAACACCUGUGGACACACGAGGACACCUUCCCCGGUGACGCUCUCCGCCUCCUGCAGGACAUGGCCGCCAACCACACACAGCUCUGCCACCUCCAAGAGCCGCCCUUCUUCCCCGACACCCUGCUCCACAACAACCUCCUGCCGCAGCAAGCCGCCGCCACCGCCCUCCGCAUCCUGCAGCACCUCUUCCACACCCUCAGCUCCAACGGCACCCGCCAGCACUGGCCCAGCCAGGCUCGCAACCACCUCCUCAACAAGCUGCAGCACCACAUCCACCACCUGGAGCAAUGCCUCGCCGACAAGGCCACGCCCUUCAAAGGACCACGCAACCCGCUGCUCGCCAUCAACAAGUACUUCAGGGACAUCCACCUCUUCCUCCACGCCCACCAGCACAGCGCCUGCGCCUGGGACCACGUCCGCCUCGAAGCUCGUGCCUCUCUACAGCACCUCCACAACCUCACCCGCCCCAUGCGCCGCUAGCGCAAACACCCACACGCCAAGCCUCGCCUACGCCCCAAAGCCGCCUCCUCUGCCCUGGCACCAGAGACAGGCCUGCCACAACCGUACAGCACCCGCAGCAAUCAACCACUGCAUCUCCAGCCAUUCGGCCGCUCCCACUGAGAUGGACAAAGGACUUUCUCUACGUAUUUAUUGACUGAUCUAGUUAUUUAUUUAUUAUUUAUUUAUUUAUUUAUCUAUUUAUCUAUUUCGUCAGGUACUUAUUUUUCUACCUCUUCCCUUAUUUAUGACAUCGGAAAUAAAGACCUGUGACAAAACCCUUGCCACCGCCUCUCCUCUCUCUAGCACUGCAACCACUCUUUGCGCCAGGGGAAAGCCAUCUCCCUGGAACACCUGCUCCAAGCCAUGCUCCACACAGCCCCUGUCCACUCUCCUCAAUGGCACCUGCCCAAGCAGCAUCCUGCAGCAGCCCCUGUGCAAAAACACUGCCACCCUGUUCUUGGCCAACACCACGGAAGCACACAAAGCCCAAGGCUGGAGAGCACCGCUGCACCUCAUCUGCUUUAUCCUCUCCGUGCUCCAUUCGUCCAAUCCAUGCCUCUCUGACUCGCAGGCAACGAUGUCAUGCAGGACACUAGAGUAAAAGCACGGCCCCCGACGUGCAGGAAGAGAUGACAAGGAGGACUCCCUCGAUAGCUGAAGGCUAAUUAAUUACUUUAUUAUACUCUAUUAUUUUAUGCUAUAUUCCAAUAGAUUACACUACAUCUAAACUGAAACUGCACAAGCACUCAACUCCAACUCAUCUUGUGGCUGACCAAGAAGACACGGCUUGCAGAGACUGGUCAAGAAAACAAAACACUCCCAGCAGAAUCCAAUUCCCAUCAGGUGAACAAUCCUCCACCAUGCAUUUCACUUCUGCACAAAGAAAGGACCAGCAAUUGGGAUUAGAAUUGUUUUUUCUUUCUUCGAGGCACAUCUCUGCGAUUCCCAGAAAACAUCCUUGGGAAGUUGUGCCUUGA